GAGGUCCUUGCUCUGAUGGGACCCUCAGGUGGUGGUAAAACGACUUUACUUAAUCUCCUCAGUGGAAGGGUGACAACGAAUGAUGCCGCCAGUAGCAUUACUUACAACGAUCAACCAUAUUCCAAGUCACUAAAGCGAAGGAUUGGUUUUGUGAUGCAAGAUGAUGUUGUUUUUCCUCACCUCACGGUAAAAGAGACUCUAACAUAUGCUGCUCUUCUACGUCUUCCCAAAACACUUACCAAACAACAGAAAGAAGAAAGAGUCAUGAAUGUUCUAAGAGAACUCGACCUUGAAAGGUGCCAGAAUACAAUAAUUGGAGGGGCAUUUGUUAGGGGGAUUUCAGGUGGUGAAAGAAAAAGGGUCUGUAUUGGCAAUGAAAUCCUGCUUAACCCAUCACUUCUUUUCUUAGAUGAACCAACAUCAGGUCUGGACUCAACAACAGCACUCAGAAUAGUUCAAAUGCUACAAAGCAUUGCAAAGGCUGGAAAAACAGUAGUGACUACAAUUCAUCAGCCAUCAAGCAGACUGUUCAAUAAGUUCGAUAAGUUAAUUCUCUUGGGUAGAGGCAAUACAUUGUACUUUGGAAAAGCAUCUGAAGCUAUGCAAUAUUUCUCCUCAAUUGGUUGCUCUCCUCUCAUAGCUAUGAACCCAGCAGAGUUCCUGAUUGAUCUUGCAAAUGGGAACGUAAAUGACAAAUCAGUUCCAUCUUUAUUGGAGGACAAAGUGUUAUUCCGCCACAGAAACUCUGAAAAGCAGAAUGGAAGGCUUUCCCCCACUGAUGUCCAUCAGUAUCUUGUAGAUGCUUAUGAAACAAGGGUUGCAAGAAAAGAGAAGAGGAUGCUUCUAAAGCAUGCGGCAGUUGAUGGUGAGAUAGAGAGUAGGUCAAAUUCAAGAGAAUGGGGGGCAUCUUGGUGGGAGCAGUUUUCAAUUCUUUUCAGGAGAGGCCUGAAGGAGAGACGCCAUGAAUAUUUAAGCUGUGUGAGAGUGACCCAAGUAAUAUCAACUGCAAUAAUAGUAGGAUUGCUCUGGUGGAACUCUGAUGCUGCAUCCCCCAAAGGGCUACAAGAUCAGGCAGGGCUGUUGUUCUUCAUUUCAGUGUUCUGGGGUUUCUUUCCUGUAUUCACAUCCAUCUUCGCAUUCCCACAAGAAAAAGCCAUGCUAGGAAAAGAGAGAGCAGUGGGAAUGUAUAAGCUCAGCGCAUACUUCAUAGCAAGAAACGCAAGUGAUCUUCCUUUAGAUCUCAUUCUUCCUAUUGUCUUUAUGGUGAUAGUCUACUUUAUGGUGGGAUUAAAGCAUAGCAUUUCUACUUUUUCCUUGAGCAUGCUGACAGUUUUCCUCAGCGUUGUAGCAGCUCAGGGUCUGGGAUUGGCCAUUGGUGCAGCUUUCAUGGAUGUAAAGAAAGCAACAACACUGGCUUCAGUUCUUAUUAUGACCUUCAUGUUAGCUGGAGGAUUCUUUGUGCAGAAGGUUCCAUCUUUCAUGUUGUGGAUACGCUACAUCUCUUUCAACUACCACACAUACAGACUACUACUUAAGAUUCAGUAUGGUUGCUCCUGCUCGGGUUUAGAUCAUAGAUCAGAGUCAUUUGAUUCUCCCUUCAUUAGACAAAUUAAAACUGAUAAUGGUGGAAAGGAAGUGGGCGCCAUGAUUGCAAUGAUUUUUGGGUACAGAUUAUUGGCAUAUAUCUUCCUACGAGGAAUGAAACUUAGGAAAACAGCAUAGAACACUCAUAAACAAAUUAACAAAGGCAUUAAUAU